UGAUUUCAUUUUUCAGAAGAGGAUUAUGGAUAUCCUGUUCAACACUGAACAGCAACACAGCAGAAUUAAAAUUGACGUACAUUAUAGCGACACGGAUCAUACGAUAACGAUAUGAUGAUGCACGGCUUAACUCUUUCUAUACGUUCUCUGUCUGACUUAAGCUUUAGUAGACAAAUAUGAAGACAUGGAACACCAGUGAUAAAGAUUGAACUUGAGAUUAAGAGCUGAAGACGAUGACCACCGAAAGCUGCCUGGACUCCACCAGUCCCAUGAGGACGAGUUCGGCGUCAGACGGGAUGCAUCCCGGAUUAUUGGACACUCCGACCGGUUCUGAAAGACAGGCCACUGUGACCAGCAAAGGUAACAAGAACAGCUCGGGAAUGCGGCGUCCCGAAAAGCCACCCUAUUCUUAUAUUGCUCUCAUUGUGAUGGCGAUCCAGAGCGCACCGACUAAACGUCUCACUCUGAGUGAAAUAUACCAGUUCCUGCAGACGCGGUUUCCUUUCUUCAGAGGCUCUUACCAGGGAUGGAAAAAUUCCGUUCGACACAAUUUGUCCCUAAAUGAGUGCUUCAUUAAGUUGCCAAAAGGCCUGGGACGCCCUGGAAAAGGCCACUACUGGACCAUAGAUCCUGCAAGUGAAUUCAUGUUUGAGGAAGGUUCCUUCCGGCGGAGACCUCGGGGAUUUCGGAGAAAAUGUGAAGUGCUGAAGCCUAUGUAUCGCAUGAUGAAUGGCCUCGGGUUCACUCCCGCCAUUUUACCCCAAAAUUAUGACAUGCAGCCUCAAACUUGUCACGGUAAUGCCUACAACUUAGACGUGAUCUCAGGAUCAGUGGCUGGAGGCGGGUAUGAUCCACUGAAAAUUAGCCCCUAUGGACAUAUGACUAACUGUCCACUACAGACAAAUGGCAACUAUGGGGCAAACACCAAUAGUCCAGUCUCUUCUUGCUCUACAAGCAAUUCAGUUGAGGGGUAUUCACAGUAUUCUGGGACAUCGUACCACUGGCCUUCCUCUUCUUACCUGAAGCGCACUCCUGUUAGCUCUAGUCCAGAGUCAUCGGUACAGCAGCAUAGUACAUCAUCUUUAUCUUCAUCCUACUCGAUGGAGCAAGCUUAUAUGCAGCCGAGCAAUAGACACGGUGCAGACAUGACAGUGGGUGUAUCUUGCUAUCAGGCCCAUUCCAGUCCUUUAGAUGAACGGAAAGACUUUGUGUUAAACUUCAGUGGAAUCUCAACUCUCCAUCCGCCUACUAGUGGAUUUUAUUCUCAUCACCAUCAUCAUUAUCACCAGCAGCAGUAUGUUCACGCCAACGUACAGCAGGACGUCAAGCCGUGUGUAAUGUGGAGUUAAUCUAAUCAUAUUAAAUUAUGUCUGCAGAAUGAACAUGAAGAUCCUAUAGUCCAACACACCUAAGCCAAUAGUGUUUUCUAUUAUUAUUUUCCUUAUUGGUCUUGUCCAUUAGGUUUGACGUCCAUUAGGUUAUAUGUAUAUCAGCAUAAUAUAUAUAUAUAUAAGGCAGUGUUAGGCCUAUGCUUUAAAUAUUCAGUUCAGUACAGGGAAAUAACUAAAUGUGCAGAGCAGGAACUGAGUCGAGAUCUAACCAAAAAUUUAUGAUAAGAACACAUUUAGUGCUUGCAGAAAAUUGUCACAGCUCUCGACACUAAUAUUAUGUUUUGGUGGAGGAGUUGUGACCAUUAUUAUUAUUAUUAUUAUCAUUAUUAUUAUUAUAUGACAUUUAGCAUCACAUUCCCAAUUAUGUACAACUAUGCUAUUAUAAUCCCAAUUUGAUGUAGGCUACACAUUACUGCAACAUUUCUCGAAUGCUAAGCCAAAGAUGAUUUCAUCACCUUUAGAUGCAAUCAAAUAAACCAGCAAAGAAAAUCUACAAUAACUGUAGGAAUUGGAGGCGUUAACUAAAGGAGAGACGCCAUGUUUUAUCACGUUAUCUAUACCGGUAUAUCAGAAAAAGGUCAAAAUGAAAACCUGGGCUUUUGCUAAAAAUGCUUGUAAUAUUUAUUUUACUUCAGAAACGUAAAACUAAAAGGACACGGAGUUAAAAUCUGGAAUUGUGUUCGUAUACCUUCAUACUGAGGUUUGAGCGAUGGCCUUGAAGUAAAGCUACGAUGAUCCAACGGUAACAAACUGUGAUGUUGCCCCGCCAUCUAGCGGCUAGGUUUUACACUUAUAUGGAUUUGUUUGUGGUACUUUCAAAGUUGCUAAAAAUAAAAAAAUAAAAAUAAUGCAAAAAAUAACACAUUAGGCACAGUGACACAUUAGGCCUUCAUGACACUGUACCUUCCCAGAAUAAAUACAUAUGAAUUUUUUAUUUUGUUAAAUUUUUACAAUUUUUUUUUUUCAUUUUUUGAGUGUUUCUUGCGCAUUGUGGCACGGAAUGUAUUCAUGUUCUAACAUUUUAACCAGUUAUCUGAAUGUUCUAAGCACGUAUUAAAAUUGUAGUUUCAACAAGAGACCAUGCAGGAAUGGGCCCAAAUUCUUAUUCAGCCUAUAAUACCAUGCACACCUACGAGGCUUACCAUAAAAU